AUCAAAGGGGAUUUAUUUCACCACAAAGCGGACGGAUUAGAGCAGUGAGUGCGUAUCUGAAGUGCAUAUUGUUGACAAGUUAGUUUUCGUUUUGAUCUGAUCAAAGUUAUAUAAAGAUAAGUGAGAGGUAUGGCAAUGAAUGGGAAGCAUUCAUGCAAAGAGAGCGAGCUAGCUGAGAUGGUAAACCACAGAGAGAAGCGACCAAGUCAGUACUCCAUUAUGGGUGCAUCCAAGCAAGCGCGGGCGACGUGUAGUCUCACCAUCGUCGUCUUGUUCAUCGUCUCAAUGAUACUUGUAGUCGUUGGAAUAUCUCUCAUUAUCGUCUCAAUUGCGAAUAAAAAUGAAUGCGCAGAACCUAAACAAGAAAACUGGAAAUAUUGCGGGUUUUCUGAAGAGGCAAAACGAGCAGGAUUCGAUACAUUCUUGAAAGAAAUAAAAGAAGAAUUCUUCAGGUUGCAUCCUCAUCAAUCCUACCAUGAUCCUGCGAUAUCAGACCUUCCUGAGGGCGCCGAGUUGAGCGUUUUGAAAAGAAAGUACAAACCUUUCAAUCCCAAACCUUCCAACUUAAAGAAAAUCACAGAAGCAUCGCUGGACCUAUUGCGAAAGUUGAACGCUAUAAACAUUAAUAAUGACGCUUUGAAACCCCGUGAGCUGAAGGCUCUUAUUCAAGCCAAACAUUAUCUAAAGCAUACAUUCGGACAGCCGUAUGAUAUGAAUUAUUACGCGGGAGAUUGGAUGAUGGGACCGAAUCAUUUCUGCUGGCAACCUGUAUGUGACAUGGGCAAAGAUAUAUUUUAUCAUUUGGACUAUUACAAACCUAAUGGGCUAAAAGGAUUGGAUGAACUAAGAGAUAAGUUACAAGAACAUGCAGAUGCUGUUUAUCAAUACAUAAACAAUAUGAAGGAGGGAGUUCAGCGUGGUAUGAUACGUUCCGUCGAAGAUUGUAAGGCGGGUAUAGAUGCUGUGAAACAACGAUAUUUGAAUAUCUCUCUUCGUGGAGAAAAAGCCGUCCUUGAGAGUUGGUUCAUGGGAUUCGUUGUUGUGCCCGAGUUUCUUUCAAACAUCACAGAAAAAGAAGACACAGAAUGGUUUUUCAAGAAUGACGAGCAUGUCCGUGAAACAGUCAACAAAUAUUUCAUCGAACUCAUCGGCAAACCAGUAGUUGACUUGUUGAACUAUUUACAAAACGAUCAUAUCCGCCAUUGUGUCCCGUCGUCAGUCCCUAACGGUCUUAGUGAUCUGCCUCAGAACUACGUUUUUCUGGAUGGAGUGCAAACAUCACAAAGAACGAACAAGACUCUACCUUUUGGGGAGGCCAUAAAUUGCAGUAAGACUUACGAGAUGAUGCUGUCUUACUUCACGACAACUGAUUUGACUGCAGAUAGAAUUUAUGACUUGGGAUAUGAACAGGUUGAACGUCUUUAUCCUCAGGUUCUUGAAAUCGCGAGAAAUUUAACUGGUUUAUCCAAUGAUACUGAAGCGGUCAGAGAAUUCCGAAAAAUGCUCAACAAAAGUUCAAAUUAUUACAAUGAAGAACCGUUUCCUAAAAACGAAUCAAAUGAAGAAGCUCACAAGAAAUGCAGCAACAUUGAAGGCGCAAAAAAAUAUUGCCCAAAAAGAUGGGAGGCCGCAGAGAAGUGGUGGGCAGACGCGAGGAUGGCAAUGUCACUUAUCGACUCUAAAACAAUAAACAUGUUCUACUUCACUGGUAAAAAGCACACAACACCCAACUGUCCUGUAGAGUUACACCCUGACCUGAACCCGUCAAGUGGCGCUCAAAGUUACAUCGAAAGUGACUACAAAUGUACGGAAGGUGCAGCGUAUAAUCUUCCCUUCUUUUUAAACAACGCUGGACCAAAAUUCUCUGAAUGGUCUGUGAAUGCUCACGAAGCAAGACCUGGGCACCACACACAGGUGCAAGGAAACAUUGAACAUUUUGCAGACAACUGUGACGACAGCAUAAGUUGGUUACACUCAAUAACAUAUCACACAGCAUUUGUUGAAGGCUGGGCACUUUAUGCGGAGAGUCCUUUGGUUUCCGAGACGGAUAUUUACGAUCAUAACUUGAUGCAGAAAUACGGCAUGUUGAAGUGGCAGAUCUGGCGAGCACUACGACUAGUGGUUGACACGGGCAUUCAUACAAAGAGUCUGACUCGAGCAGCUGCGCUGGAUCUCUUCGACAAAUAUGCUUGGGACGUCACAGACAUCGCUCGGAAAGAAGUCACCCGUUAUCAAAGCGUUUAUGGCCAGGCCACAGCGUACACAAUAGGGCAACUGUGGAUCACACAACUUCGCAAUAAAGCAAAGAGUAAACUGAAGAAGAAGUUCAGUUUGAAAGAGUUUCACUAUCAACUGCUAUCCCAGGGCUCGUCACCUCUGUCGUAUUUGACAACACACAUCAAAAAGUAUGCUCAAUGUAAAUUUCACCCUGAGAAUGGUGAUGGGGGGAAAUGCAACUACAUCUUUUCCCCGCCAGAAAUGCCAACUCCGCCUGACGAAAUUAGGAAGCGGGUAGCUGGGCGGCCCGCAAAACCCUCGUUACCUUAUCUUCGCCGUCAACGUUAUACAUAAGUUUUGUUUGGGAAUUUUAGCCUAUAUUAUAAAACACUGCAUGCAUAAAAAACUAGAGGUUUUGUGCAAGAUGUUCUACAUAUUUGUAAAUAUUCGCAUAGCUUCUUCAAAUUGUUAUAGAAAAAUCAAUAUCAUCAGUGGUUCGAUUGAUAUUUCUGACAAGUGCUUGUUUGAGGCUUGCCCAUAUUACUUCUUGUGUCAGCCUGAGACAUAUAUGUAUACAUAUAUUUAAUAGACCACCUAAGAAUAAAGAACCUGGAGCCGGUUGUAUGAAAGCCGGAUAGCGCUAUCCACCGGAUAGUGAUUUUUUCAACCCUUCUAAA